CCGUGAUUGACAGCGGGGCUGGUUUCUGCCUCUUCCCUGGCUGGUGACAAGUAAUAAUGAAGCUUUGUCAGUCCAUCAUGGACAUGGAUAUGCCCGAUUAUGUCGACUCCUUGGAAUCCUCUUACACCAUGCUGGAAUUUGACAACCUCCGGGUGCUUCCCAAUAACACCGAGAGGUCUAAUGGUCUCUGUUCCCUGCCCACAGAGACCAUCACAGCCGAAUCAGCAAACACCAACCUGCUGACCAAUGGCCUCAGCUCCCUCUGCUCCAUCUGUGGGGACCGGGCGACCGGCAAACACUACGGGGCCUCCAGCUGUGAUGGCUGCAAAGGCUUCUUCAGGAGGAGCGUCCGCAAGAACCACGUCUACUCCUGCAGGUUCAGCCGACAGUGUGUGAUAGACAAAGACAAGAGGAACCAGUGCAGGUACUGCAGGCUGAAGAAGUGCUUCAGAGCUGGCAUGAAGAAAGAAGCCGUGCAGAACGAGCGUGACAGGAUCAGCAUUCGCAGGAGCAGCUAUGAGGACAAUGGCUCCCUCUCCAUCAACGUGCUCACUCAGGCUGAGGCCAUGGCACAGCAGUAUUCAUCGCUGAGCCCCGUGCACAGCACAGACAUUGCUAUGAAGAAGGUUGCAACCAUCCACGAUGUGUGUGAGUCCAUGAAACAGCAGCUGCUGGUGCUGGUGGAGUGGGCAAAAUACAUCCCGGCGUUCUGCGAGCUCCCGCUUGACGACCAGGUUGCCUUGCUCAGAGCCCAUGCAGGGGAACAUUUGCUCCUGGGGGUAGCCAAGAGGUCCAUACCAUACACCGAUUUUCUGCUGUUAGGGAAUGACUUCAUCAUCCCAAUGCACUGCCCUGAGCUGGAAAUCGCUCGUGUGGCCACCAGGAUCUUGGAUGAGCUGGUGAAACCCUUGAGGGACAUCCAGAUAGAUGACAAUGAGUACGCUUGCCUUAAAGCCAUCAUCUUCUUUGAUCCAGACUGCAAAGGCCUGAGUGAGCCCGGGAAGGUGAAGAACAUGCGCUUCCAGGUCCAAGUCAACCUAGAAGACUACAUCAACGACCGCCAGUACGACUCCCGAGGCCGCUUCAGCGACAUCCUCCUCCUGCUGCCCCCCCUGCAGAGCAUCACCUGGCAGAUGAUAGAGCAAGUCCAGUUUGUGAAGCUCUUUGGGGUGGCCAGGAUCGACAGCUUGCUGCAGGAGAUGCUGCUGGGAGGAACCACCAUUGAUGUCCAGUAUCAGUCAGCACCUCCCAACCUCAGCCUGGAGCCGCUGCCAGGACACGUCCUCCCAGGCACCAUGAGCUCUGUGAUUCAUGCCCCUCCUGACCCAUCUCCUGAAACAUCCCUUCCAUCUCCUUCUACAAGCACAGGCAGUGAAGACUAUAAACUAGGCUCUAGUGCAGGACCCAACGCUGUAGCACAGCUCUUGCCUCAGACAGUGAUACCCAAGCAGGAGAUUCUAUAGGGCGAGGUGGAAGGAGAUCCUGGGAGCAAUGUGAAAACCAUGGUGAAAGUGAAACGGGCCCUUUCUUUUUGCAGAGGCAAAGCACAGCACCCCCCUGCCAGCAGCUGGACCCACUGGUCACACUCUUCCCCAGCCCUGAGUCGAGCACCAGGUACCAGCCUGCAACAGGAACCUCUCUGCGGGUCUUCCCACCACCUCAUGUCACACAUCAUCGGGGACAAUGCUCUUUGAAGUAGGACCAGGACUGGAAGCUCUUUGGAGCAGGGCUUCUGAUGGAAUCUAUCACCCAGCUUCGGUGUGAUUAUGACCCUUCUAAAGCCUUCAGCCACUCUCCUCCUAAACCAAAAGCCUUACACAGCUCCUGGUAAUUGUCAAUGAGUGCAGCAGGGCUUGAAUUGUCAGU